GCGUCCUCCAAUCCAAUAAAAAUGAUCACACCCCCUUAAAAUCCAUCCGAUACCUCGCCGGAAAUUCCAACCUUUUCCGAUGGCCGUUCUCUUGCACUCCAUCUCCGGUUUCAGCCAUGGUAAGACACCGACCAAGUUUAAUUCCAUCACAAUUCCUAAUACUAUCGCUGCCGAUUUUAUCGGUGUCUCGAAAGGUAGAAACAACAGAAGAAGAAUCAGCGUUAGGGUUUCAUCGAGGAUUAAGGAUUUGGAGCCUUGGAUUUUGAGUGACGUUACAGGGACCCGUAGUUCGGCGGCGACCUCGGUGAAGCCGAGCAAAGAGGAUGAGGAGAAGCAGAAUUAUUAUGUGAAUACUGGAAAUGCGAUUCGGACGCUUCGAGAGGAGUUCCCGGAGUUGUUCUACAGGGAUCUUAGUUUUGAUAUUUACAGGGAUGAUAUCGUCUUCAAAGACCCACUCAACACUUUCAUUGGAAUCGAGAACUAUAAAUCAAUCUUGUGGGCGUUAAAAUUCAAUGGAAAAAUCUUCUUCAAGGCCUUGUGGAUUGACAUCGUGAGUGUAUGGCAACCUUCCGAAAACACAAUAAUGAUCCGCUGGAUCGUCCACGGGAUUCCUCGAGUCCCAUGGGAAAGCCGUGGUCGGUUCGAUGCCACGUCAGAGUACAAGCUCGACAAAGACGGUAAGAUCUAUGAACACCGUGUCCAUAACAUAGCCUUAAAUGCUCCUCCAAGGUUUAAAGUUAUAUCGGUGAAUGACUUAAUCCAGUCUCUUGGCUGCCCCUCGAUCCCAAGACCGACUUUUUUCGAGGUAUCAUUAGCCAGCUCGAAAACUUCAUAUUCAUCUGCUUCCCCUUUGGAAUCAGAGCUGGAAUCAUCGUCACGUAACAAUUAGAGUUUGCGGUUUUCAUGUGAACGAGAAUUUUGGUCUAGUUUCGGUAUUGUAAAGUAUGGUACUGUUUUUACUGGAGUCGAUUAUAUUUGGUGCCGCAACUAGGCUUUUGUCCGUAUGAUGGAUGACUGUAUAUAUUUUCGUGUAUAGUUCGAACGUCAUUUUUUUGUUGGAAGGUUUUAGUUGUGUUUCUUUUGUUGAGCGGACUAUGGUUUUGCAUUUGUUGUAUGGGAUGUCGGCUAGACGGUGGCAGUAGCCGGUUAGACGUGUUUGC